AUGGCUGACGAGGAGGAGCGCAUCAAAGCUGAAAAGCUGGCCGCUGCUAAGAAAAGAGUGGCCCAGCUUCAAAAACAAAAGAAAAAGGCCAACAAGAAGACUUCUCCCGACACCGACACUCCUAAAGAUGCAGAGACCAAGAAGUCUGGACCCGCGUCGACCGAAGAAACCCCUGCAGCAGAAGAUAGCCAACCAGCAGAGGACCCCGCCGAGAAGCCCCAGGAUACUGCAGAGACCAGCACUGAGCAACCGGCCGAUCCGGAGCCAGUCGCUACAGAGCCAGAAGAACAAGAAAAGCCCGAGGAAUCUACAGAGUCCCCGACCGAGCCCAUGCCCCCAGCACCUGGCUCUCCAGACCCAGACGCAGAGCCACAGCCCGCUCGACUGGAUACCCCCCGAGCUGGCCACGGCCGCGCGCCAUCCCUGUCAAUUCAAUCGAAGAUGCGCUCAUCAUCAUUCCGCAAGAAUUCUGUGUCGCAAGGCAGCCACUCUCCUCCAGUAACCCUCAAAUCGCCCCCGCCUUCACUACCACCCCUGACCGGUGAUGGAGAUUCCGUUCACGAAGUGUUCCGGAAACAAUCAACACGGAUUGAAGAAUUGGAGAGGGAUAAUAAGCGUAUGGAGAAUGAACUCAGCGAUGCGACGGCGCGCUGGCGGAAGACGGAAGAUCAAUUAGAGGAUCUCCGGGAGGCCAGCGUGGAUGGGGCGGAACUGAAGGAGAAAUUAAAGGCGGCAGAGGAGAAGGUGGCUGGUAUUGAGUCAUUGAAAGAGGAAAUUGCAUCGCUACAACGCCAAAACUCACAGCUUCAAUCCCGGUCACACCGCAACAAUGCAAGCGUCUCGGUACCUGGGCCAUCGGAAUCACCUCCAGCUGACCUUGUGCGCCAGCUGGAGUCUAAAUCGGCCACGAUCGAGGCCAUGGAAUUGGAAAUUUCAAACUUACGAGCUCAAAUAAACUCCCAUUCGUCCUCUGACAGUGCGCAUGAGACCCAGGUCGCGGCGUUGGAAGAAAAGGUGUCCCAAGGCCAGAGUGCACUCGAAAAGUCUCAACGUGAGUUGGCAGACACGAAACAAGCUUUGACCCGGGCUUCAGAAAAGGCUGUCAAAGAAGGCGUGGACAAGACGUCCACUGAGACCCUUAUUAAGUCCCUAGAGCGGGAAAUCGAAAGUCUUAAGAACGAAAAGACCGAGGCCGACAAGAAGAUUGAAAUGCUGGAAAAGAAGCUUCAGGCCAUGGGAAAUCUGCACAAAGAAUCAGAAACACGUCAUCAGACCAAGCUCCGCGAGAGUGAAAAGUCAGAGAAAGAGACUGCCGUACUCCGCAAAAAAAUAGGCAGCAUCGAGAACGAGAAUCUCCGGCUCCGCGAAGAGAUCGACCGCAUCAAGAAACGUGACGCUGGAGGAACCGACGACGAUGCCCUCGACGAGCUUGAGGAUGAGGAACGCCAGCGUCUCGAGCGCCGCAUCCGCGAGCUGGAAGGCGAAGUCUUUGACCUACGCCGCGGCGUCUGGGAAGAGAAGCGACAUGAACUCACCGGCCAACCCUUCGACGAGAACCCCCAGUACUCCACCGGUGAUGCCGCCAACGCCUUUGACGACGUCGAUCUCGUCGGUGGCCGUCCCGACCACGCCCGUCGCCGUAGUAUGGCGUACCAGCAACAACACUCCUCCUUCUCUACUGUGUUAUCCAGUGGACUUGCCGCGUUCACGGGUAACAGCCCGAACCGUGCACGCGCCGGCUCCUCUAACCCGCCUCACCCGCAUCCCGCAACACGCGGCAGUCUCGAACUGCUGUCAGAAGAGAAUCUGGAAGAUGAGUUCGAUGAAGCGGAAUUCAGCCGUGCCCAAGCCGAAGAAGAAGCGCGCAAGCGGGUCGAAUGGGUGCGUGAAAUCAAGCGCAAGCUUCGUGACUGGAACUCAUGGCGCUUGGACCUGGUUGACAGUCGUGCUGGUGCUGAGGGUGCUGGUGUGGGAAUGGGUGAAAUCUUUGAGGUUUAG